GUUGAGCAGGAAGGAAGGCCUGUUCAGCAGUGCCUUGUGUGCAACUAUGUCUGAGUAGGCAGCCGGCAAAACACAAUGUCUCCCUUGUACAAAGUAACUCUCUUAGUGAGUGCUCAGAUAUGUCAGGAAAAAGUGUUUGGUGGAGUGUGACAAUAUGAACCGCUUUGACCGACCAGACAGAAAUGUUCGGCAGUCUCAGGAAGGAUUUUGGAAAAGACCACCCCAGAGGUGGAGUGGACAGGAACAUUACCACCUUAGCCAUCCUGACCACUAUCAUCACCAUGGAAAAAGUGACUUGAGCAGAGGCUCUCCUUAUAGAGAAUCUCCUUUGGGUCAUUUUGAAAGCUAUGGAGGGACCCCCUUUUUCCAGGCCCAGAAGAUGUUUGCAGAUGUACCGGAAAAUACAGUGAUACUGGAUGAGAUGACUCUCCGACACAUGGUCCAGGAUUGCACUGCUGUAAAAACUCAGUUACUCAAACUCAAACGUCUGCUGCAUCAGCAUGAUGGAAGUGGGUCAUUGCAUGAUAUUCAGCUAUCAUUGCCAUCUAGUCCCGAACCAGAAGAAGGUGAUCAGAUAUAUAAGAAUGAAGAUUUAUUAAAUGAAAUGAAAMAACUUAAAGAAGAAAUAAGRAAAAAAGAUGAAAAAAUACAACUAUUAGAACAUCAACUUGCAACCCGGUGUAACUGCCACCAAAAAUCUAAAGAGGAAAAAUGCUCAUAUGCUGAUAAAUAUACCCAAACACCCUGGAGAAGAAUUCCUCCUCAAGUACUACAGCCUUCCAGCAACCUGCCCAGACCCACAGACCACGCCCAGGGAAAACUAAUAAAGCCACAACAUAUCGAGGCCCACAGUGAAUGUGCAGUCCAGGGCAUGCACCAGAGCAGUGCCCUUCCAGAUGGAGGCUUUACACAUGGCUUGCAACAAGAAAACAAUUAUGAUUUGGAAAACCGGCAUUCUUCAUCAAGCCCACAGUUCAAAAUGGAUGUAAUUAAGAGUGCACCUUCUGAAGCGAACUUGAACAUGACCAUGAAUGUUCAAGAGCCUUAUCGUUUGACAAAGAAUCAGAUUAGUGACAUGCAGUUUAUACCUACUUCUCUACAGACACCUCCCCAGUUAAGUAUAGUAGAUCAAGCUAAGAGAGUUGGAAGAGAUCAGUCUCCACCGGUGGGCUACCCGUCUCAGCCCAAAUCCUUAAAGCUGUUAAAGCCAUGCACCUUAAGUUCUUUGGCACCCCCUCCAGAUUCUGAAUCAUCUCCAAGUAGGACUCCCACUUCUAAGAAGUCACCGACAAUCACACCAUGUAAUUCAGCAAAACUUCAGCCAACAUCUAGUCAAACAAAUCUGGCAAACAAUCUGAAUCUGAAAACAUCUAAGCUCCGUCCCCCUUCCAGCUCUUUCAAACAAAAACAAAUAAGCAGCCCCCAACUAGAACCUCAAAACUUCCAGUCCAAGACAAGUAUCCCAAGGCCACUAGCACGACAAAAAGAAAUCAUGCAGAAUCCAAAUGGCAAUUUACAUUCUGGGGAUUGUUUGGCUUCUAAUCGAUAUUCUCGUCUUCCUAAACCAAAGAUACAUUAAGUACAUAGCCAUUACCUGCCAAUUUGUUUUUUUUUUUUUUAAAAAAAAAAAAACAAUCUGUUCUGUAAUAGCUUUAUGUGCAAUUUGCUACCAUGUUGGAGGUUCCACUGAAAGCCUGCAACUCUUAAAAUUAAAACGUGGAAGCUUCUACUAGUUUGGCUCUUCCAUUUUAUAUCCUGGUUGAAGUAUAUACCAUUUGAGCAUACUCGUCUCAGGUAAACACAGAAGUUUGCUUUCCCAUCUCAGAAGCCUACAGAAGACUCUAAUCAUGCUAACCAUCCCUCUGCACAUCAGCAAAGUAAUAAUAUUUCCCUCAGCAGGCAAGAAGUAGGCUUUGCUGAUUUAGUCCUGUUGUAUCCGUAUUAAUUGUGGUUAUGCGAACCCCAGCUCCUUUCACUUGUUCCUCCUGUGACUAUGGCUACUAAUUUAACUCAAGAUGUGGUGUUGAUGGAAGUUGGUAAUCUGUAGAGUUCUGGCCAGUGUUUUAUAUAUUUAAAGGUCUAUGCAAAAGCUUGUGAUGAAUAAAGGAGAAGGAGAUCAGACUUUUAAUGGGAAGACUAUGUAAGUUUUAUUUUUUUCUUACUGGAAUCAGCAAGCUAGUCUUACUGUUUAUUUGUUUACUAAAUUCCCCAGACUGAAAAUGUUCAAUAUUAUAUAUAAACCAAUUAUAUGUUGCUUUAACAUCUUGUUUUUCAUACAUACAUAUAUAAUUUGUGCUUGUAUUGCUACUAGUAAAUUUGAAGAGCUUGAGAUAUACCUUGAAACUUGUACCUAAGGUAUAUCCAUUUGUAACAUAUGUUGGUGCUAGAAUUUUGCUGGCAACUCGGUUUUGAAUACCACAGGACUUAUGGAUCCAUCAUAACUCUUUUUUGAAGGUUCCACAGCAUUUACAGCAUUUAUUUUAAGUAAGUCUUUAUUAUAAUUAUUUAUAUUUAUUGACUUAUGUUAAUAUCUGAAGACUGGAAUAGUGGACUUGAAAUAUUUGCACAAAACUUUGAUGGUAUAUAAAUUUAAAACUUAUUUUCUAUAGCAAAACAAGUUAAAUAUUUUGAGAAAAGUUAUAAAUUUAAGUAAGACUAUCUUGAGAAAGUUGGAAUUCAUAAUAGUUUCACAUUUCUGAGUUUCUUAGGUUUCUCUUUUCUGUUGUUGUACAUUUGACAAUUUCUUGAAAGUUAGAUUUUGGAAGAAAAAUAGAAUUGUAGAUGGGAAAUAGUGUUUCGUUAAAGAGUAUUUCAAAGGGAGUAUGCUUAUUUAUUUUAAUGUGCUACAAAAGGUGUCUGUUAAACCCCCAAGCAACCAUGUGCAUGAACCCAAUCAGGCUGCAGGCCACUUGUCAGACAAUUCAGUUCAUUUGCAUUCUGUUCUCCCAAAUCAUGUCAUCUUUAGGCUGGUCAUGUGUAGCUAAUUUAAUUGGAAUUAAUACUUUUCAGACAGAUAAUCUUACAAGGCCAAUUUUUAUUUUGAUCAGCUGACCAAAAGUAUACCAAAUGGAAUGAUGGCCAAAAAAGAUAAGUCACUCAAAUUCUAGGGGUUCCUUCUAAAAAUGUACUUUGGUUAAAUUAUAUGCCACUUUAUAAGAGAAACAACAGCAAGUGCUUUAGUGGAAAUUUCCAAAGAGGUGUUCCUUACCAUCUGAUGCAGUCUUCCCUUUCUUAUCAGAGAACCAUUAAGUGAAUUUUCCAUUCCAGUAUACAGAGAUUAUAUCUGUAACAGGUGAGCAGCACAAAUCUAGUAUCAUACUUUUAUACCACAGCACUUCUGCCAGAAAAGUGCUGGAGUUUAGAAAAUGCUUUGCAUGGUCCAGAUAUUGUUGGUACACAGUCAUCCUACAUAUAAGCAAAGUACUUUUUUKUGUGUGAAGGUGAGCUAUAAUGACCACAGCUAUAGAUAGACACAUUUUGAAGGAGAAAACUGAUUUCAUAUAUUGCAAAUAGGAUGCUAUCAUACUGUAUUUCCCUAAAGUAAAGCAUACUAAUGAAUUAGUAGGUUUUUGGUUUAUUAUUAGAAUUUGGUGUUACUAGAAGACCCUUAUGAAAUAUUAUUUACAAGUUGGUCUUAUUCCUAGGGGAAAAGUUUUUAAUUUAUUUUUCAUGCUGUAGUCUGAAGGAAAUGUCUUUAUACAUAAAAAUGUUGACUCCACUUAUUUGUUUAUUCUAAUAUUUUUUCCACUCUUUUUUCUUCCUCCCUGAUGUAUUUACGUAAUCUUAACUUACUAGUUCAGCUUCUAUGUACCUUGGUUGAGCUUCAUCUUGACAAAAGAGGCUCAUCAAUAUAAUUAUGAAGCAUAAUACAUUUAAGAGAAAAAUAUCUAGGAUGCUUACACAAAAAACAAAGUAUAUAUCUGCAGUUUUCCUUAAAAGCUACAAGAAUAUUAUGCUUGUCUGCUCCUUAGAAAAUGUUAUGUCAGAAAUGGAAAUGAGUGUAGCUCUACUGAAUAAUCAGAGAUCACCUUCUCAGAUUUGGCUUGACCUUUGUUUAUUGCUUCUGUAAAUCAACUCUGUGCCAAGUCCUCCUUUGCAGGAACUUAGAUCACUUUUACUUUUGGUAUUGGUGAAGAUGAUGGGAGUAAUGAAUUCUGAGUCCUGUGGAAGAAGUUCUCUAGGGUUGGUUAAAUUUCAUAUUUGUGUAAGAGCAAAAAGUAUGCAGAAUUAUAUAUUUGGCUGUUAAUGGAUGCAUAUUGAUUUUUUUUAAAUAAAGUGUAUAUUAUUGUUAUAGGUGCAGAUGAUUUUAAGACUUUAAGCAAAGGAUUAUAGAGUUAUAUCAUUUAGAAUGUUUCUUAAUCACUGAGACCACCUGGUAUUUUUCUUUUGGAGUCUCAUUUUCAUUUGUGCAAUAUUUCCAGGCAAAUAGACUACUGUUCAUUGUAGUUUAUAUAGAUAUUAGGGAACUUACUAAGUAUUUUAACAAGUAAAAAUCUGAAUAUGAAACUAAAUUUCAGAUUUGCACUUUAAAUGAGCUUAAUUGCUUGGAGUUGUGCCUGAAAUAUCAAAAUGCCUCCUCUUGGGUGUGGCUUUGUUUAGUGAAAUGAAUCUCUCUGUAAUUGUUGCUGUUUGAAGAUAUCACUACAGCCUUUCACAGAAUUAUAUUCACAGCAUGUCACUUUUCCCAUUAAAGCACUAUGUUUUCUUCAGAUGUUCCAUUUUCCCUUUUAGUGUUUUAUUCAGUUCAUCAAAGAGAUUAUAACCCUCACAGCUGUCACUUCCAAAAGUUCCUGUGGAGUAGAUGGUGUUACAGACACAGAGGUGCACUCUCAGUUUCCAAGCAGUUGUCCUGCUGGUUUCCUGGCCUCCCGGGCCCUAGAUGCACUUUCAAAUUACCAAACAGGCCUGCAAUGAAGGUCAAUAAGACUGCAGCACCAUUUCAGUUUCAGUUUACAUUCCAGCUGACUAUAGUUUUCAUGUUGGUAAAUUAGUUUUGGGUAGUUAUGUUUGCAUGCUUAUGCACACAUCUGAAAAUUAUUUAUAGUUGUAAUACAAAUGAUUAUCUGAUGUUUUUCCUUGGGGAUAAUGGCCUCACAAUUUUUCUUAAUUCUGAUUCACUUGAAUUCUAUUUUGCUUUUGUCUUUCCAUAUGUUCCUUAAAGUUUUCUGCUGCAGCAAUUUGAGAGAAUACAUUUGGGUAAAUGAUUAUAUGAUGGUGGACACCAAUCUAAAAUUAUGUUAUUAAUUAAAGAUAUAUGUCUUAACCUUUUGGGGAAAAAACUUCCCACGUUCUUUUUGGUAAAGCAUUACCAUAACAAGAUUAUACUGACCUUGAGAAUUUAAAGUCUCUAAAUCAAGACUAACUAAAACAAAAAUAAUAUCUACUAUUGUGGUUUCCAUUGAUUUAAGAAACCAAUUCAAGUACAUACUGUAUAUUAGAAUUUGCUUGUAAAAUGGAUUAUAAAAACCAAUGUAAAGU